GAGGAAGCACAGCGAUGGGCUCAGGGUAUUGGACUACAACAACUUCAAGCUGACUGGAACCUGCAUAGCCUUCAAAAUCUAACCAAUGCCACCAGUGUCUUGAGUAUCUCUUAUCAUUAUCUUGCUGGCAUUCCCCCUCUCCGGAAAAAGUUUCUUACUGUAGGACUGUGUUCUAUAAAACGCAAGAAAGGGAACUACCUCCUGGAGACACUGAGGUCCAUCUUUGACCAGUCAACACGUGAAGAGCUGAAUGAGAUGGUGGCAGUGGUGCAUCUAGCUGAUCCAGACCAGGAGUGGAAUGCUCAGGUUGUGGCGCAUAUUGCCAAGAGAUUUGCUCAUCAAAUCCUGCUGGGCCGCCUACUAGUUAUACAUGCCCCUCAUGAGUAUUAUCCUUCCCUUGAAGGCUUAAAACAGAACUUUAAUGAUGCUAAGGAUCGUGUGAAAUUCAGAUCAAAGCAGAAUGUAGACUAUGCCUACCUCAUGAACUUUGCAGCCAACCUCUCCACCUAUUACCUCAUGAUUGAGGAUGAUGUCCACUGUGCCAAAAACUUCUUCUCAGCCAUCAGAAGGGUGCUGGAAUCUCAGAAGGGCUCCUACUGGGUCACCUUGGAGUUCUCCAAGCUUGGCUACAUCGGCAAGCUCUACCACUCCAGUGACCUUCCCCAGCUUUCUCGGUUCCUCUUACUCUUUUACCAAGAAAUGCCUUGUGACUGGCUUCUUGGACACUUUCGACUGCUUCUUACCCAGAGAGAGGUGAUUCGUUUCAAGCCAUCCCUUUUCCAGCAUAUCGGCCUCUACUCCUCCUUCCAAGGCUCAGCAAACAAACUGAAAGAUGAAGACUUUGAAGAGGAUCCUGCUGCACUUCCUGACAAUCCUCCUGCAGACAUGGUAACAGAUAUUGCCAGUUUUGAGAAUUACUCACCCAAUAAGGCCUACAGUAACACAGAGGAGUACUUCUGGGGCAAGGCCCCCUCAGCUGGAAACUCAUUCACCAUUGUGUUCAAGCAGCCUGCACGUGUAUUGCGCAUCCAGAUCCAAACAGGGUCUGAAAAGCACCAUGAAGACUACCUCCAGGCAGGCCAUGUUGAGUUGGGUACCCAGAAGAAAAGUGAUGGUAAAGGUUGUAACAUGUACACCUCUAUUGGACUCUUUGAGAAGGGAAACUUUAACAGACAGGGCCUGGAGAACACAACGGCCUCUGCCCCAGAGUGUAUACGCAUUGUAAUAACUCAGGAUCAGAGUGAAUGGCUGAUCAUACGUAGCAUAAGCAUCUGGACAAAGCCCAGUCCCUGA